CUGCGCUUUAGGAAACCACGCUUACCUUUGCCGCCGAAGGCGGAGCCAACGCACGCGCAGAGGGUGUAAGAUUGACAGGUGGGCUAGGCGGACAGCUGUUCAGCAUUGAGAGUUUGCAGUGUGCGGAAGGAUAAGUAAUCAGAGAUACGGGUUACUUUGUGGAGGAUAUUCUUUCAGCGUUAUUCAGCCCAGGGCUUGAUCCGGUUCAUGAGAAACUCCACGUACUUCAAACCUUGUCCUGACACGCAAAGCAGAGCUCGUGGAGCUAUUAUUUUCACUCCGCUUCUCACCGUGUUUGUCAGAUUAUAAAAUAAGAUACAGUUCUCCAAAGACCCAUUUUAUUCCAGUUUCAAAAUUGUAAACGUAAAGCUUCAUUUGUGAAAAGAUCAAAGGCUUCUGUCAGACCUCCUCACAAUGAGGAUACGUGUAGGGUCCACUGACUGGAUAUUCUUGGAUCUGCUUUUUGUGAUUGUGGUCUGCAGCAUUGACGUUGUUGGCUCCGUGGACAAAAACAAAAAGAGGUAUGAGGCGGCCAGGGGAUCGGACCACCGACCUUCCGCUCUCAGGGCCGACGCUCCAUCCAGUAGGUCACGGAGGAGGUCAGCGUCACAAGGACUAUCUAGAUCUCAACUUUUGGAACUACUUCUGAAUACCGCCAAGACAGGUGACCAGGAUGUCAAGAACACGCCCCCAAACUAUAACUCAGAAACGGCAACAGAUAUCGAGGUUAUGCUGUACGUGGAUAGCAUUGACUCCAUCAACGAAGCAAAUAUGGACUUUACCUUAAGUGUCUUACUGCAUCUACAAUGGAAGGACACACGUCUUGUCAGCUUUAACAUUGGUCCCUCAUUUGGAAAUCUUACAUUUCUCGAAUUCGACUCACAAAGUAUUCAAAGGAUAUGGGUGCCAGAUAUAUUCUUCCCGAACGAAAAAAAGGCAAGCUUCCAUGACGUCAUGAUGGCCAAUCAGAUGAUGCGAUUGUAUCGUGAUGGUUUGAUUCUCUACAUAUCCAGGUUAUCGAUGACAUUGAGUUGCCCUAUGAACCUGCGGUACUAUCCAUUCGACAAACAGUCGUGUUCGGUCCAGAUCAUGAGCUUCGGAUACGCCGAGGACAAACUCAACCUUAAAUGGAUGAAUUCGUCUAACAGCGAGCCCGUUGUUGUUAACGACAUCGUGGAGUUGCCUCAGUUUGAAGUGACAGGAUCCGAAGCCAACAGAUGCAGGAAGAAAUACCAUCAGAGCACAGGCGUUCACAGUUGCCUCCAGGCAAACUUCUUCCUCGCUCGCAACAUUGGCUACUACGUCGUCCAAAUGUACAUCCCCAGCAUCCUUAUCGUCAUGCUGUCCUGGAUCUCAUUCUGGCUCACCGUCAACUCAGUUCCAGGCCGCAUUUCAUUGGGCGUACUGACUGUUCUCACCAUGACAACGCAAAGUUCAGGGGUCAACGCCUCACUUCCGCGCGUGUCAUACACUAAAGCUAUUGACGUGUGGAUGUCCACCUGUCUGGUGUUUGUUUUUGCCGCACUGCUGGAGUUUGCUAUAGUCAACGUCUUGAGCCGCAAGGAAACCCUCUCUGGUUUCACGAUACGCAAUGUGUUCAGUAUUCCUAGAGAUUUGGAAAAAGGGGAUCAGCUGAAAGAGCAAUCCUCACCGUUGGACGGCGGCACACCUCGAGACAGCUAUAGCACAAAGCGACCGGGCAAACGUGGGAUAGUCUACGCCAUGUACUUAGAUGUGGCUUCCAGAAUCGGCUUCCCCGUGGCAUUCAUAUUGUUCAUAAUGGUGUACUGGCUGUAUUACAUCAACGUUGAAUAACAUGGAACUGGUGGACAAUGGUGGACAAGGGUCCAGGUUAUUUGACAAAUGGAACAUAAUAACGACAAACUCCUGUUAGAAUAUGAUUCCUGUUGAUGCAUUGACAAACAACAGUGACAAGGGUUGUGAUGCUGUAUUUUGUGACGGAGUAGAAGGAAUUGUAUACCAUGUGUAUGGUUUAAACAUUGCAACUAGAUGCGGGGUACUACAUGUACUGCAUGAAAGAUAAUAUAUUGUGUAUAUACCAACUACAUGGCACAUCUGAAGGUGAAUUCUUAGCUUAUUGGACGGGCAUCCUGUGGUUAUUUGGACUAUACCAUCUAUAAAGCGUAUUUGAAGGUGAAGGAAUAGCUUAUUGGACAA